AGGCUCGAAACCCGUGGCUUGGAGACCGUCAUGUCACGUGACAGUGAACUCUUCCUACUCUAAAAGCUAUUGUGCGGGCCAACUUCUGCAUUAAGAAACCUCAAGUCCAAUAGAAGCAGUGAGAUCUUAAGACUUUACAAGCUGAUUGCUACUACUAGGACUACAGUUAUGACAACUAUAGCCCUCUUUCUGUUUGGACUGGCUCCUUUGUUGGAGCCAGUCUACGGAGCUAGUUGUUCCGAGUCCCUCACCUGUGUGGGUACCAAGUACACUCUAGCCACUUGUGAUAUUGCCACCAAAAAUUGCAGCUGUUACACUGGUUAUGUACCUAUCCAUUCAGGAUGUGGUAGACAACUACAGAAACCAGUAAUAAAUUCAUCGGCUCCUUAUAGCAACGAGAUUUUACCUGGUAAAGAAGCUGUUCUGACCUGCUCCUCCAAUGAUGGCGCCACCUUGUUUGAGUGGACGAAAGAUGGCAUGAUUGAGAAAGGAUCAAGUGCAAGCAGGUACACUAUCAAAGCUGACAGUAUUAAGGAAUCUGCAAGUUUUAGGUGCAAAGCUAAAGCUUCAAAUGAUGACUUCGAUUCUCCUCAAAGUGAACCCCUGUCCAUGAAUUUGAUCAAUGGUGAGUGA